AUGACAAACAUUGAGUUUGAAAAAAAAGACGAGUGUGAAAAAGACUACUAUAAUGAUAAUCAAUCUAAAUUAAAUGAAGAAAAGAUGGGAAAUAAAUUUAUAAAUUCACAAUAUUUAAUUUCUAAAUAUUUAAAUGGAAACGGAAUUGACUACAAAUCAGACAAAAGUAAUAAGAGAGAAACUGUUUUGAAUAAAAAAAGAAAAAAUGAAUAUAUGCUACCUCAAAGAAUUGUUCAAACAAAAAAGGAAAAUAAACAUGUUUUAAAUAAUUCAGAUAUAGUAUGCAACAUAUUGUCCUUUUUAACAUUCCCUGAAAGAUGGAAAAACAAAACAAUAAGUAUGUCAUUCUAUAAUGCAUUUAAUACAAAAUAUGGAUGGGAUACUGUUGAUUUCCGUUUUUUUAAUGUAAAUUUAUUAAAUAAAAAUUUUUUAGAUAAAUAUAAAAAACUUCUUUUUAAUACAAAUGGAUUAUUUUUAUCAGUUCAUGAAAAUGAUAAUGUAGAAGAAAUAAUUAAUUUUUCUUUAAAUAAUUUUAAAAAUAUUAAAGACCUUAGAUUAUAUUUUAGAAAAAAAAAUACAAAUUACAUUUAUGAAGGUAUACAUCCAACUGUUGCUAAUUUGUUAAACAGUAAAUUUUUAAAUGAAAAAAAUAAAAAUAAAAUAAGCAACGAAAAAUGUACUUUUAGUGAUACAAAUGAGUCUAAUCAAUUUGAAGAUUUCCAAAUAAAACAUCAAGACAAUUGUAAUGAUAAUGAAUCAGAAAUUGAUGAUAAACAAUCUCACGACUGUAACAACAUUAAUUAUUAUAUUAAUACAUAUCCAUAUUAUUCUAUGGAUUAUGAUCCCGAUUUUUCAGAAGCAUUUUUUACCAACAGUGAUGCAUUUGCCCUUCCACGAUCAAAAAAUUUUAAAAAAAACGUUGAAAAUGAUAGUGUAAAAAAUGAUAGUGCAAAAAAUGAUACAGUACAAAGACAUAUGCAUAUUUUUAAAAAAAAUAAUGUUUGUAAAAAUUUAGAAAUGAAAAUUGAUUUUCAUGGUUUAGAAAGAUUAGUACUUGAUGUCGAAAUUAAAGGAAAUGACCUAUUAUGUUUUAUAGGAAAAUUCAAAAAUUUAAAAGAUAUAAUAAUUAGUAAAUUAUUAUAUUCUGAUGAUUUAAAUAGAUCUCAAAUUGUAACAAUAUUUACUUGUUUUGUUGAUAAAAUUAAACAAAAUAAUAUUCGAAUUAUUCAACUUGGCUUAUAUUUUAGACAUGAACAUAAAAAAACCAACUAUCUAAAUAAUGAAGCUUUUAGAAAACUUUUAAAUGACCGUACUAACUCCUUUGGUGAUAUUAAUAGUGAAGAAGGGGAUGAAUUAAUUUCUAUUUUGUAUAAAAAACAUUCAGAAUCUUUAUAUUGUUUAUGGAGUAAUGAUUUAUUUAUAUCCUAUGAGAUGUACGAAAAUAUUAAAAAAUUUAGAAAUUUAAAGAUAUGGACUCUUCCAGGAUGGAGCGCCUUGUCUUUUGCCAAACUAUAA